AUGACCAAGCCAGUCUACGCUACCAAACCAACCAACCCAGAAAAGUCCAGUUUAGCACGUGGAACCAACUUGCGUGUUCACUUCAAGAACACCCGUGAAACUGCUGCUGCUAUCAAGGGUAUGUACAUCAAGAGAGCUCAAACCUACUUGUGGAACGUCCUCAAGCACAAGGAAGCCAUCCCAUUCCGUAGAUACAAAUAUGGUUGUGGUCGUACCGCUCAAGCCAAGAAUCUUGGUGGAGUUACUCAAGCCAGAUGGCCAAAGAAGUCCGUUGAACACGUUUUGUCCUUGUUGAAGAACGCCGUUGCCAACGCUGAAGCCAAGCAAUUGGACGUCGACAAGAUGGUCGUUUCACACAUUCAAGUCCAACGUGCUCAAAAGCAACGUAGAAGAACCUACAGAGCUCAUGGUCGUAUCAAUCCAUACAUGUGCUCACCAUCCUCAGUCGAAUUGAUCCUCACUGAAGUUGAAUCCAAGGUUCCAUUGCCCUCCUCAAAGAGUGUCGUUAAAGCCUAA